ACAUGCUAACCUCUAAAACUCUCUAAAACCCCAGCCCAGGAGGUUUCUCUCUCUGUUUUGUCUCCUCCCUCUCUCUUGCAUUCACUAUCUAGUUUCUCCUCUUUCCAUUAUCCACAUUCUCUAAUAGUAGCAAAAGGAAUUGUGUUGAAAAGAGACCUUUCCCUACAUGGUGAUUGAAUGGGGAGGAGUCCUUAUUUUCCCCAUUACUAUCUCUAACUGUUUUUCUCUCUCCACCUAGUCUCCUGGUCCUCUAACAGCAUAGCCUGGAGCCAGGCUGAAAUAGACUAAAUAAUUCUUGGGUACUUUCAGGAGUAGGGACAUUCAUGUGUUAAUUCUUAUUGAGUGGUUCCUACGUCUGCAGAACCUUCUAUUAGGUCCUAGGAAAGUGGCAAAGCGAGUUAUGUGAAUAAUCUCUCCUCACAAGGAAUUUACAAUCUCACCAGCGUGACUGGCUAAAAUCACAUGAAGUAGAUUUCAAGGAAGAAAACGAACAGACAGUGAGAAGGAGCGCAGCUGUACACCCACGAAUAGCUUAAGGGCUACCUGGAUGUUGGGUUUGCAGCAAGAAGAGAACGGUGGGGAAAUCAGAAGUUUCAUGGAAGAGCUUUGACAUUGAAAACCACGGAAGAAUUGGAGCCUUGCAUUGAAAGGAGUUGUUCUGCAGCAGUUUUUUUCUUAUCUAAAGUUUACUUCUGCAAGAGAACAUCUGAAAAAUGACAGGGGCAAAGAGGAAAAAGAAAAGUGUGCUCUGGAGCAAGGUGAAGGCUCCCCAUUGUGAAGGCUUUAAACAGUGGUGUAGAAGGCGGCUACCGAUUUUGGAAUGGGCAUUACAUUACAAUCUGAAAGAAAACUUGCUUCCAGAUACUGUGUCUGGGAUCAUGUUGGCAGUUCAACAGGUGACACAAGGGUUGGCCUUUGCCAUUCUCUCAUCUGUGCACCCAGUGUUCGGUUUAUAUGGGUCUUUUUUCCCUGCCAUCGUUUAUGCCAUCUUUGGAAUGGGAAGUCACGUUGCCACAGGCACUUGUGCCUUGACAUCCUUAAUAUCAGCCAAGGCAGUGGAACGGCUUGUCCCUUCGAGUAGCCAGAACUUCACCAAACAAAGUAACACAAGCAUCCUGGGCUUAUCUGACUUUGAGAUGGAAAGGAUUGGUAUCGCUGCAUCCGUUUCCUUCUUGGGAGGUGUGAUUCAGGUGGCCAUGUUUGCCCUACAACUGGGCGGUGCUACGUUCCUGCUCACGGAGCCUGUGAUCAGCGCAAUGACAACGGGGGCUGCCACACAUGUUGUGACUUCACAAGUCAAGUAUCUCUUGGGAAUGAAAAUACCUUACAUAUCCGGGCCACUUGGAUUAUUUUACAUCUACACAUAUGUCUUUGAGAACAUCAAGUCUGUUCGCCUGGAAGCCCUGCUCUUAUCCUUGCUGAGCAUUGUGGUGCUUGUGAUGGUGAAAGAGUUAAAUGAGCAGUUUAAAAGGAAAAUUAAAGCCGUCAUUCCUGUCGAUUUGGUUUUGGUUAUUGCUGCAUCAUUUGCUUGUUAUUAUACUGAUAUGGAAAAUACAUAUGGAUUAGACGUACUUGGUCAUAUUCCAAAAGGAAUUCCUUCGCCUAGACCUCCCUCCAUGCAUGUCCUCUCUGCAGUAAUCACAGAAGCUUUUGGAGUAGCACUUGUGGGCUAUGCUGCCUCUCUGGCUCUUGCUCAAGAAUCUGCCAAAAAAUUCAAAUAUUCAGUGGAUGACAACCAGGAAUUUUUGGCUCAUGGCCUCAGCAAUGUGAUUUCUUCAUUUUUCUUCUGCAUACCAAGUGCUGCUGCCAUGGGAAGGACCAAUGGCCUGUACAGCACAGGAGCAAAGACACAGGUGGCUUGUCUCAUAUCUUGCGUUUUCGUCCUGACAGUCAUUUAUGCAAUAGGACCUUUGCUUUACUGGCUGCCAAUGUGUGUUCUUGCAAGUAUUAUUGUCGUGGGACUGAAAGGAAUGCUCAUACAGUUUCGGGAUUUAAAAAAAUAUUGGAAUGUGGAUAAAAUCGAUUGGGGAAUAUGGGUCAGUACAUAUAUAUUUACAAUAUGUUUUGCUGCCAAUGUGGGGCUACUGUUUGGUGUUGUUUGUACCAUAGCUAUGGUGAUUGGUCGCUUCCCAAGAGCAAAGACACUGAAUAUAAAAAACAUGAAUGAAAUGGAAUUUAAAAUGAAAACAGAAAUGGAUGGUGAAACCCAGCAGCAGGUGAAAAUUAUCUCAAUAAACAACCCACUGGUUUUUCUGAAUGCAAAGAAGUUUCAUGCUGAUCUAAUGAAUAUAAUCCAAAAAGAACAUGCCAGCAACCAGCCAUUUGAUGAUACCAACAAGUGUGAACAAAACUCAUUGCUCAAUUCUCUGUCCAAUGGCAAUUGCAUUGAAGAAGCAUCACAGCCCUGCCCAGAGGAGAAAUCAAACUUGGUUUCAAGUAUGGUGGGGUUCUCAACUUACCAUUCAGGGGUGGGAUUUCUCUUCCAGGUUUUCAGGGACUGUAAGAGCAGGAGUGUGGAUGUAUCAUUUGCCCAUUGCACAGCUUCCUUGGUAAAAGCCAUGCAAUACUUUGGAAACCUAGACUCAGAGGAACCAAUUUUUUUUAAAUCAGUAUCUGCUGCCAUAAGUGACAUCCAUUCGAAUAAAGCGAGACAAAAUCUGAGCAAACUCAGUGAGCAGAGUGAAGUCUGAAGCCCUGUGUGCUGCAGCACAGAUGUUGCUUCAGCAGCUGGCCUGCGGAGAACGUACGCCAGCGUUUUGCACAACCUGUUCCAUCGUUUAGAUCCUGUAGAGGACCUCUGCUAUGAUCCCUACAGUGUGACUUGUUAGCCACAGAGUCCCUGGUCGAGAUCUGCUAACACCUUUUUCCUAAUUUUUGUUAGUAAGCAGAUUCACUGAGUAGGUUAUUUUGUGGUUAUUUUAUAAAAUGGGUAUGCAUUUAGUUUUGGUAUACUGAAAGGUAAACAUGAAUGUAUUUCCUUUUUUCCUGGUAUUUUGUGUUAUUUUAUUUCUCUUUUGUUGUCAGUUAAUUUGCAAAACUGAGAAACAUCUUGUCAUCAGAGACUUAGAACAUUUGCAAACCGUUUGUAAAAAUCCAGGAUCUUCUGUAACUAAUAUACAAAAACAACAUAGCACAUUGCCAUUUUCCCUUACAAAAAGCACACACAAUUAAAUAUCUAUUUUAUGUGAUGGGA